CAGUGCAUCAAGGUUUCCUGGUUUAUCGAUUCAUCGAUUCGGAAGUAAACGAGCUGCAUGGCUUCCUUCGUCGAUUUCCGGCUGACUACACAGUGGACUUUAAUCCAGGAGCCCGUAUUGAUAAAGUGUCUUAAUGACAAAAUGAGGUCCGUAAUCUCCUGUCUACUUGUGGUAGCUGUGUUGGCAGCUGCGAACGCUAAAACCCCAACUUGUGGAUGCAUUGCCCAAUGGGAUCCAGUUUGUGGAGAGGACGGGAACACCUAUGGAAAUAUGUGUGAACUGGGAUGCGCCAACGUUGCCUUCGGUUCCCAAGGACAAUGCCCUUGCGCAUGUACCAAAGAUCUGAAUCCAGUCUGUGGAAAUGACGGUAUUACCUAUAACAACGAAUGCCUCAUGGAGUGCAAUGGAGCAACCCUCGCCAGUUCUGGAUCAUGCUAGAUAUAACUUACUAGUAGUUCUGUAAUGUUUUUGAUGUGAAUAAAAGACUUGGCAAAUAAAA